AUGAAAUUUCCCACGCUGGCAGGAGUGGCUGAGGUGCUAGGGGAUCCAGAGGUAGGUCGGGCCUGCUACAUUGCAACUCUCAAGGGUAAGGAGAAGUUGGUAGCUCAAGCGGCCUACUUAGAACCUUGGGAGCCUGUGGAGAAGAAAGAAACACUGGAGACGGAUGAGGGCCUGCUCGAACUGCCGGUCAGAAGGGAAAGGCCCGAUCGAGUGGUCAAGACCGGCUCAUUCUUGAGCGAACUGACCCGGAGGGCGCUAGAAUCCCUCCUAGAGGAAUAUGCCGAGAUCUUCGCCUGGAGUGCGGAUGACAUGCCCAAGAUUUCGCCCGAACUGGCAGUUCACAAACUACACGUAGAUCCCAGUGUUCGGUCUGUGAAGCAGAAGAAGAGGAAUUUCACGCCUGAACGGAAUGAGGUCAUCAAGGAAGAGAUAGGCAAGCUGUUAGAGACCAAGAUCAUGAAGGAGGUCUUCUAUCCGACCUGGUUAGCCAACCCCGUGCUGGUCAAAAAAGAUGACAAGGCUUGGAGAAUGUGUGUGGACUUCACCGAUUUGAACAAAACUUGCCCAAAGGACUACUACCUUCUCCCCCGAAUAGAUCUGUAUGUGAAUUCAAUGAUGGGAUGCGAAAUCUUCUGUUUCCUGGAUGUCUUCAAAGGGUAUCACCAGAUAGCCAUGGAUGAGAGAGAUCAGGAGAAGACCUCAUUCAUCACUGAGCGCGACAUAUCAAGGUUGGUAAACAAGCUGUUCAAGGAUCAGAUAGGCCGAAAUAUGAAAGUCUACGUGGACGACAUGCUGGUAAAGAGCCGAACUCAGGAGCAGUUCAUCACGGACCUUAAGGAAAUUUUUGACGUCCUUCGAAGCUCUCGAAUACAGUUGAACCCCAAGAAAUGCACUUUCGGGGUCAGGUCGGACAAAUUCCUAGGGUACACGAUAUCCAAAGACGGAGUAAGAGCUAACCCUGACAAAAUAAGGGCCAUUAUGGACAUGACUCCCCCCAGAAACAUAAAGGAAGUGCAGCGACUAACUGGUAGGAUGGCAGCAUUGAACAGGUUCCUAUUGAAAUUGACAGUUCAGGGCGAAACUCUGUUCCUCUACUUAACUGUGGGAGAGGAGGCAGUCAGUGCGGUGCUAAUUCGGGAGCAAGACAAGGUCCAAAAGCUGGUGUUUCGGACAGGCCGCUCAACUACGUUAAGAUAUACCGCUCAAUUGCGAAAUACCCAAAAAGCUGGCACCAAGCCUGCCGAGCUUGAACAGGCCAAAGAAGCGGUUGGGCGAGUUGAGGCCGGACAAGCCGGAGAAGUUGGCACCAUGUCAGCCAACGUCAUCCCGACCUGGACGUUGUAUGUCGACGGAGCUUCAAACAAAGAAGAAUGUGGAGUCGAGAUUCUCCUAAUCAGCUCCACCGGAGAAGAACUAGCUUAUGCCUUGAGAUUCAACUUCAGAGCCUCUAAUAACGAGUCUGAAUAUGAGACUCUGAUCACGGGGAUGGAGGUAACCCGGAAAUUAGGGGUUGAAUCGCUAAAGAUUGAUAGCGACUUGCAGCUGAUAGUGAACCAAGUCUUAAGGAAAUAUGAGGUCAAAGAAGAGCCAUUGAAGAAAUACGUCGCCAAGGCGUAUGAACUGAGGAGUCUGUUCAAGCAGUUCACACUCGAACAGGUCCCUUGGAGUUGGAACAAAAGAGCUGGCGCCCUUUCUAAAUUGGACUCCACUUCUUUGGGCAUACUGAGCAAAGAAGUAUUGGUAGAGGUCGGAAAAAUGUGA